AUGGAGGCCGGCAAACUAGCCCCCCCGACACUCCAGAUCAAUACCCGGCAACGCGCCCUGAGCGAAGCGGAAACCGUGACUUCGCAGACUUCGAAUCCCUUCACAACACCAAUAUCUCCAAGCAAUGCGUCGACCAGCGGUGCGUCCACGGUAGUCGACGAGACCGAGGCGGCGGUCAGACAGGAACUUUGUAGUGAAGCUAAUACCAUCACCAACAAUCCAUUCGCAUUCACGCCUUCCCAGCUGAAUAAGCUGUUAAACCCGAAGUCGCUUCCCGUUUUACAGGCUUUGGGUGGUCUCAAGGGCAUUGCUACUGGUUUGCAGUCGGACAUUCACUCUGGACUCAGCGUGGAUGAAUCGAUAGCGCCUCGUCAUGUCAGUUUCGAAGAAGCAACGACCUCCCAGACGCCGACGAAAGAGACGGAAUCAAGUAGGUCACCAAGCAACGGCAUGCCAUUUGAGGAUCGUAUCCGAGUCUAUGGUCGCAACACCCUGCCACCCAAGAAAGUCACUCCCCUGUGGCGCUUGGUUUGGAACGCCUACAACGACACGGUCCUGAUAGUCUUGACUGUGGCCGCCGCUAUCUCUCUUGCUCUCGGAUUGUACGAAACUUUCGGAGCGGAUCAUCCUCCAGGUUCCCCAACCCCAGUUGACUGGGUAGAGGGUCUCGCCAUCUGUGUCGCUAUUGUGAUUGUCGUUCUCGUUACGGCAGUAAAUGAUUGGCAGAAGGAACAAGCCUUUGCUCGGCUUAAUGCAAAGAAGGAACAACGCGAAAUCAAAGUCACUCGCUCAGGAAAGAUCAUUAUGAUGAGCGUCUACGACGUUCUUGCUGGAGAUGUUAUACACUUGGAACCCGGAGAUGUCAUUCCUGUGGACGGCAUAUUCAUCGACGGCUCUGACGUCAGGUGCGACGAGUCUUCAGCUACAGGAGAGUCCGAUGCUAUGCGAAAGACCCCAGCAGCAGCAGUGAUGAAAGCGCUUGAAUCCGGUCAGUCCAUGAAGAAGCUGGAUCCUUUCAUCAUCUCCGGCGCCAAAGUCCUUGAAGGUGUUGGCACAUAUAUGGCAACUUCUGUCGGCGUUCACAGCAGUUUUGGACGAAUCAUGAUGUCUGUCCGUGCUGAAGAGGUUUAUCUGGCGACAAUCAUCGAACACCAUCAGAGAAGGGUUCCGCUUUUAUGGACAUUCUUAUCGUUGCAGUGA